CCGGAGCCCUGCGGCGCUCGCGUGGCACCGGAGAGCCCGGAUCCCCGCACCGGAGAGCCCGGAUCCCCGCGCCGUCACCGCGCCCGGCGCUGAUACCUGUGCGGAGCCGGCGUCCCGUCCCGCGGAGCAGCCACGGAGCCGCUGAGCGAGCCGCGGAACGCGGCCGGGGCUCCUCCGGCAGAGCUCGGCGGGGCAGCGGCACCGCUCUGCCGGUGGUUCGGUGCUUGGGGCUGCUGCCGCCCGUUAGCCCGGCGUCAGGCACCCGUUCUCUUCAUAAGCUUUUUGUUUCUGCCCUGCUGGUCGCAGUUCCUGUCGUGUGUGCCUUCAUUUUUAUUCCUUUCCUAGUUGCUCUGCCUUUCAUCUUCUGGCGUGUAGCAGUAGGUACAGUGCCCCUUCCAGGGACUCUGGCAUAGCUUCUAAAAGCGAAAGCAGUUUACUGUAAUAACUCACUGCCCAUGAUAAAGGAAUAUAUACUGCUGUUUUUUCUGGAUACAAAUGCAUCUGUGCCCUGAAGAAAAACAGUCUAUUUCUGCUACAGUGCUUUAUGAGCAAGCCCAGUUGUUCCUGAACCAAACACACUUAAAGACCUCCUUCUGGAUGACCAAUGUGUAUUUUAACCAAUUAUAUUGGAAAUUAAGCCUCCAACUUCCCAUUCAUUCCAGCUGAUAGCAACGCAUAUAAUGCAAACACAAUUCACAGGAUCACACAAACAUUACUCUUAAAACUUUCUAGAUGAUUGUAGUUGCUUUCCUUGUGUUCUAUGCUAGCAGAAGCCUUUUUCAAGGUUUACUGUUGACUCUAGAGCACCACGUUCCCCGUUUACUGGGAGCUUUGGGGGCUUGCAAUAUGGGAAACUCGUGUGUUUGCCGUGAUGACAGUGGAGCAGAAGACAACGUGGAAUCUCAGAAUCGACAAACAGAGAGCAGUAGAGUACGUGUACCUGAAGCAAGAAGCCACCCAAGGGACCCUGUCCGGCCACCUAGGAGGGGUCGAGGGCCUCAUGAACCAAGAAGGAAAAAACAGAAUGUGGAUGGGCUAGUACUUGACACACUGGCUGUAAUUCGGACGUUAGUAGAUAAUGACCAGGAGCCUCCUUAUUCAAUGAUCACGUUGCAUGAAAUGGCAGAAACAGAUGAAGGCUGGUUGGAAGUUGUCCAAUCUUUAAUUAGAGUUAUUCCACUAGAAGAUCCACUGGGACCAGCUGUUAUAACGCUACUACUUGAUGAAUGUCCGUUGCCAACAAAAGAUGCAUUGCAAAAGCUAACUGAAAUAUUAAACUUAAGUGGCGCUGCUGCUUGUCAGGAUGCUUGUCACCCUGCCAAACAUCGGAAUACAACUGCAGUACUGGGCUGUUUAGCAGAGAAGUUAGCAGGUCCUGCAAGUAUAGGCUUACUCAGCCCAGGCAUAUUAGAAUAUUUACUUCACAGCUUGAAUUUCCAGUCUCAUCCGACAGUGAUGCUUUUUGCACUAAUAGCACUGGAGAAGUUUGCACAAACAAGUGAAAAUAAAAUGACAGUUUCUGAAUCCUGCAUUAGUGACCAACUGAUCUUGCUAGAGAAAUGGACGGAUCAUCCAGACUAUUUAAAACGCCAGGUUGGAUUCUGUGCCCAGUGGAGUUUAGACAAUCUGUUUUUAAAAGAAGGCAGGCAGUUCACAUACGAGAAGGUUGAUUUGACCAACAUUAGGGCUAUGCUGAACAGCAACGAUGUCAGUGAAUACCUGAAGAUCUCACCACAUGGAUUAGAGGCUCGAUGUGACGCCUCAUCCUUUGAAAGCGUUAGAUGUACAUUCUGUGUUGAUUCUGGAGUUUGGUACUAUGAAGUUACAGUAAUUACUUCGGGAGUGAUGCAGAUAGGAUGGGCUACCAAAGACAGCAAGUUUCUCAAUCAUGAAGGUUAUGGUAUCGGGGACGAUGAAUACUCCUGUGCAUAUGAUGGCUGCCGGCAGCUGAUUUGGUAUAAUGCCAGAAGUAAACCACAUUCCCAUCCCUGUUGGAAAGAAGGAGACACAAUAGGAUUUCUACUAGACUUGCAAGAAAAGCAAAUGAUCUUCUAUUUAAAUGGAAACCAGCUUCCUGCGGAGAAGCAAGUAUUUUCAUCAGCUAUAUCUGGCUUUUUUGCUGCAGCUAGCUUCAUGUCUUACCAACAAUGUGAGUUCAACUUUGGGGCAAAACCUUUCAAGUACCCACCAUCAAUGAAAUUUAGUACCUUUAAUGAUUAUGCCUUUCUGACAGCAGAAGAGAAGAUCAUUUUGCCAAGACACAGGCGCCUGGCUUUGUUGAAGCAAGUGAGUAUCAGAGAGAACUGCUGCACACUUUGCUGUGAUGAGGUAGCAGACACAGAACUCAGGCCGUGUGGACACAGUGACCUGUGCAUGGAGUGUGCCUUGCAACUGGAGACCUGCCCUUUGUGUCGACAGGAGAUACAAACCCGAGUCAGACAGAUUUCUCACAUUUCAUGACACGUGGAGAAAUACCACAGACUUGUUUUUAAUGAACUUCAACCAAUACUGAAAGGGGAAAGCAUCUCUAACCAAUCUUUACGCACAUAGAACCAUAGCCACGGCCAGAUUUCAUGCUAAAGUGUAAUCUGUUUAUCUUAAAAACGAGAUAUUUUUAAUAAGCUAUUUCAGGUUGCCAGCAAUGUGGACUGGUUUCAACAGUAAGGAAAGCUGGUAGUUCAGUGUGUUACGGCUAUUGGUUACUCCAAGGAAAAGCAUAGGAGAGCAUCUCUCUUCCUCCCCCUUUCCUUUUCGCCUGUCACAAGUGCUGAAAAAUUUGCACUGGAAGUACACAUACAAUGCAUUUUAGAAAGAAAAGAAGAGAAAGCAUCUCCUAAAGCAGGGCCAUUCUGUCUUGUGCUUGAAAGUCUCUAUUUUUGGCAGAAGUCAGUACAAAAAAAGAAUGCCAAUGUUUCCUGUUUAAUGUAGCCUCCUGCUGGUCAGAGACUCUGUAUUUUCCAACAGUGGAUAUUAAACUGCUCAAAGACUUGAUCUGUACACAGACUGAUUUGAAAGGACAGCGUGGAGACUGUAAAGAAAUUCACAUUUUAAUAACUCGGUGAUUCCAAAGAAAGUUUUGAUUUGUUUUUAACUGUUAAAAGAUUGGCGGUAUUUUCAAGUACAUAGUAUUUCUGAUGAUUUUAACUUCAAUACCCACAUUUUUUUGUGAGGAUAUAAUUUUCAGGAGCUAUUAUUAACUAAUUAUAAUGCUGGACUGGAAUUAAUUUGAUAUUCUGGGUAUUUUUUAAGGUAUCUGCAAACAUCUUUUUUAAUCAGUAUUGUUUUUGAAAAUUAUGUUCACUUUUAAAAUAUUGAGCUAUCUUAACGGAUUGGAGAAGAACUCUGAGCCAGUUUAUUUGAGGGGAAAAAAUGUUACUUGGAGAGCAAGUUCAUUCUUACUCUGUAAAUCUAAAAAUGCACCUUGAUUGCCAUGUAUCAGUCCUGUUCUGAUCAGGUUUGGGGCCACACUUUGUAUUUUUGGUAGGGAUACUGGGGGGAUCUCUGCUCUACUUCAAUUAUACAUUUUGUGACAUUUGUAUGUUGAGGAUGUAUUUCAGCAGGCAGCUUUUGACUGUUUUAUUUGGUUUCUACGAAGAAUCAGGGUUCACACCUAGUGUUGGUGAAGUAGCACAAAAGUCAGUGGAAUUAUACUUAUUUUGCACCAACUGAGGCUAUGACUCUCUUACAAGGCUUGUACAGGUUGCUUUUUUUGAAAAUGAUUUGGAUAUAUAGUAGAACUCGACUCCUUCACACACAAUUUACACCAGAAACAUCCCCCUUCUUGGCAGUGAUUCAGUAGCAGAGAUUAUGGUAAUGAAUUCUCAUGCUGUGAUGUAUUUUAUUUUUAAAAUCUUUUAUAAUCUUUACUGUCAAGUAUUAACAAAGCAAAACUGGGGCCUACUCUUCAUGCUGAGUACUGUUGCUUCCUCCUGACCUAAAUAGGAACUGAGAGCACCGCAUGCCCUGCAGCUCCCCCAGUCAAGCUGUGUAGCAGCUCCUUUAAAAUUCUACCCUUGUUACCUUCAGGGUGCUGAAUUUCCUCCAGAGGAAGGAGAGGGAGAAAUCUCCCGUGAGCCUCAAAUGUGUUAAUUAGGAAAGUUAUAGGCAUCCUUUUCUUAUUUUUUUCCAAAUACAGGCUAAUCGUUGGUUCUUUUUAUUAUUCAGUCUUUUUGCUAAAAUGUGAAUUCUUUCCCCCUCUGGAAGCCUCUUUUGAUUAAAGUCAGAAUGGCAAACCCAUGCCUGGGGGGUCUUCCUUUCCUCACUGACUAUUUGAUCGUGUUUUGGUGUUCUCCACUUUUCCAGCUGGAGAACUCCCCUGUGGAGUUCUCCAGCUCACUUUUUCCUGCUCAGCCUCAAUAAGCAAACUUGUAAAGACAGUCACUGCCAAAAGGAUCUUUGAAUUUCAGAACCCUUUGAAAUGAAGUUUUAAAUGCUUCCACAUGCAACGCUAGGCACAAAGCUACACCCCCUUUUGGACUCUGCCUUAAUGGGUGCCAGUAACUUCAGGGCUUUGGUUUCCCUGGUGAGGACUAACAGUAAAAUUUUCAAAAGUGCUUAGGACUCCUGAUUAGUAUCAGGUGCUCUCUAUGGCCCGGGUCCAUAAAGGCUUCUAGGUGCCCUAUUGAAAGGAAAGGGACCUUUGUGGACGUAGGGCUAAGUGCCUGCAUGCCUUCUUGAAAAGAUGUGAAUGCUACGGAAAACUUUGCCCUGGACCAUCCUCCGUGCGGCUGGCACUGGGCAGAGGAAGUCAACGGCACCGCAGGAAGGAGCUCUGUUGCAGAGAACUGUCCUAUUCAUUUCAUGCACAAGAAGCCCGCAGCAUUUGGAGGUAGGAAACGCGAGCAGCCCCGCAAGGGAAAAGUGAACUGUAGUGAGUUGUCCGUUCGCAAAUAAAACGUCUGGAAGAC